CUAGGCCCCCGCCCGCACCAGACGCCUAUUAAUACCCUCGCAAGAUGCCCGGCUUCCGCCGCUGGGGCAGGUCCAAGUUUGAGCGGAAUCCAGAGUCAUCGUUCAAGCUGCUCGCCGCCAUCAUCGUCAUCACGCUCUACCUGCUCUUCAAGGAGUUUCAAAACCCAACGUUCCGCGACCGAGGCGCGAAGCAUGGCGCACAGAUACAGUAUGCCAACUGGAAUGGCACGGGCAAGCCAGACGAGCCGCGGGCAGAGGGCGUGCGCAAUGCCAUGAGAUACACCUUUUGGAAGUACAGGGAGAACGCGUGGGGCUGCGAUGACGUGCUGCCCGUGUCGGGGGGCAAUUCGUCGUCGAGGAACGGCUGGGGGGCUUUCAUCGUAGACUCGGCGAGCACCCUGGCGCUCAUGGGGCUGUGGGACGAGCUGGCGUAUUCCGUGGAGCAUAUUGUGGCUAUCGACUUUACCCAAACAGAGGACCUGGUCGACCCCUUCGAGACGACGAUACGCUAUCUGGGCGGGCUGCUUUCCAUUGUGGACUUGUACGAUGUGGGGCUCAUACCCGAGGACGUACUGACGAGCGACGCGCGCGAUCUCGUCCUCGAGCAAGCUGUGACUCUGGCAGACAAGCUUGCACCGGCGUACGAUACACUCACGGGCCUGCCCUGGCCGCGUGUAGACUUCCAGACGGAGCGCGGCGAGCCCAAUCCCUCGUUUGUCCUGCACAACGACCCUGCGCAGCGCGAGUAUGACCACCCUAUUGUUGGACCUGCACGAGCUGGCUCGUCGGUACUCGAAAACCGCGUCCUGACCAGACUGACGGGUAAUGCCGUCUACACGGAAAAUUCCACAAGAGCAUGGGCGCCGCUGGUAUGGUCGCAGUGGAAGACUCCGUGGCCCGGAAUGGUAGAUGCGCCCAUCGAUAUCAUGACAGCAGAGCCUGUUCGCCGCCAGAGACACUGGGACGGUGGGCACGAUUCCUACUACGAGUAUCUGGCCAAGAUGACGCUUUUGGCGCCGCCCUCGGACCCUCAUCUCAAAACGUACAAGGACCGCUUCGUGCGAGCCGCAUACUCUCUCCGCACACACCUGAGCUCACGCUCCGCACCCGCCGCCGGCCACUUCAUGCAGCACCUGUACAUUGGCCGCCAAGACGACGACGAGUUCGAAAACAAGCAAGGCCACCUCGCCUGCUUCGCGCCCGGCACCAUCCUGCUCGCCUCACAGCUCUACAACCAGCCGGACCUCCGCACCUUUGCGCUCGCGCUCCUCGAAGGCUGCCGCCACACGUACUCGUCCACCCCGACCAAAAUCGGACCCGAAACCUGGUCCUGGAUCCCCAAAUUCGGCUACGUCGCUCCGCUGCACAUGCCCGAGACCAAGCGCCAGCAGCAAGAAGCCUUUGCCACGGGCAUCUGGUCGCACAACCCGGCCUACAAGGGGCGCCCCGAGUACGUCGAAAGCCUCUUCUACGCCUGGCGCAUCACGGGCGAAUCUCGCUACCGCGAAUGGGCCUGGGACGCCUUUUCCGCGCUCGAAACGCACUGCAAGGCGCCGUUUGGAUAUGCCCAGCUCAAAGAUGUGUAUGACACGCAUACCCAGGGCGAAGCCAAAUGGGUCGAUAUGCAAGAAAGCUUUUGGGCCGCUGAAACCCUCAAGUAUCUCUGGCUUACGUUUGCGGAUGUCGAGGUUGCCAGUCUGGAUAGCUGGGUGUUUAGUACAGAGGGACAUCCAUUUCGCAUGAUUCGUUGAGCUGUGUGUUUGCCGAGUGCGUGAGGCUAUCUUAUCUUGUCUUGUUUUCCAGCUGUGUCAAAGAAGCUGUGAGAAGUGUUGGGGGAAAACAAACCAAAAAAAAUAUUAAGUGCGCCGUGAGAUUGAUUGAGUGGCUUGAUUGAGUCCAUGCCCAUUUUCAAGUCCACAAUCACUACAAUCAUGCACAAAAGAAAAAAAAGUAUCUUUUUUAAAAACAAAAAAAAGAUGGAGAAAAUGGAAGAGAUGCCCUGUACGCUUCCCCCUUUUUUUUGCCUGUUAUGCCGAGCUACGUAAUGAUACCCGGAAAUUUUGCAUGUCUGUCUGUAUGCGUAUCUGUCUGUCUGUCUGUCUAUCUGUGUUAUUGCUCGACUUGUAGUAUAGUAUCGCAUCAUCGUAUGGGAUUUGUAUGGGCAAGUAGUAAUAUCUUCCCCCCCCCCAUGAAAAAACCCCCUCAUGAGAAUGUCG